UACCGCCGUCACCGGCCAUAAUUACCUGCACCUCCUCCACCCUCGACCCCGCCACUUCCUCCAACUCCGUCAAUGCACAGUAGGUGGAGACGCACAGCCGACCCCAACGAUGCGCAGUAGGGGGAGCGAGCAAUGAGGAUGAAAUGGAGAUGCAGAUCUCGUCGGAGCAAGUUCGUGAUGCUGCUUCUACGCCGUCUGAAACCCAGCAGUCGGUUGCUAUGUCUUGGAAUGAUAAUGGCGGUCUUGCCGAUUCUGUUCAGAGCUAUCCACAAACCCUUGGUGUCGAUGGUGGUGAGCAUUCUAAUUCUUUCCCGGUGUGCCACUCUGGUAGAAGAUUCGUCGAUGGUGGGAAUUUGAUGAUGCUCGACGACACUCUGCCGCCACCGUCGUUUACUAAUAGUCAGGGGAUUCAUUUUCAGAAUUGCAGCGACCGUGUUUUUGGAAUGUAUCCAAACGUGUCUCCCCUUCAUGAAGCACUGUCAUUUGGUGUAUGGACUUCUCAAUACAAUUGAUUAAUGAUGAUUAAGUGUUCUAUUCUCCGCCAAGUGUGCGUCGUUGGGGUCGGUUGCGCGUCUCCAUCUACUGCUCGUUGACGAAGUUGGAGGAAGGGGUGGGGUCGAGGGUGGUGGAGGUGCAGGUGGUUAUGGUCGGGGAGCGGCAAGGACGGCGACAGCGGGCGGCGCUAGGGAUGGGAAUUAGGAGCUGAUUUGGUUGCGGGGAAUGGAUGUAGUGGCAGAGCAAGAGCCCCUUUUCAAUUCGUAAUUAUAAUAUUUUUUUUGUUUUAUUUAUUUUACUUUAUUGUGAAAAUGAGUUGAAAAUGGUAGGAGAUUAAACUUUAUUUUAUUUAUUAUUUUUUAAUUGCCACAUCACUGAGUUAACAGUCAACUUUGAGGAUUGACUGCCACAUCAGACAUAUUUAACGAAGUUGGAUGGAGAGUGACCAAACUUGAACCAUUUAACUAAUUUGAGUGACCAAGAUUGGAUUUAAAUAUUUACAAUGACCAAACAGUAAUUUCACUGAACAAACAUGCAAUUAACCG